AAAGCCUCACCUCAAGUGCGUGAAUCCUUCAGCAAAAAAAAAAAAAAAAAAGGUGCGUGAAUCCAAUUCCUCUAUUUAAACACCUUCAACUCCAAGCUUUCCCUCUCACACUUACACGCACUCUUUGUUUUAACACUAUAAACCCCCAUUCAACAUAAAAAAAAAUGCCUUCUUCUUCGGUGUCUAUAGUUUCAAAAUGCACCAUAUGCCCACAAAAAAAAUCAGAAUCCAACACUAAAAAACCGCUUCUUAAGCUCUCAGUUUCAGACUUGCCUAUGCUCUCCUGCCACUAUAUUCAAAAGGGUGUUUUACUCGCUUACCCACCUUACUCUCUAGACGACCUCGUUUCAUUCCUCAAACACUCUCUCUCCUCGGCUCUCACUCACUUUCCCGCCUUAGCUGGCCGUUUGGUAACGGACUCUAACGGCUACGUUCACGUCGAGUGUAACGACGCCGGCGUCGAUUUCAUUCUUGCCAGGGCCAAACACCUCUCUACCAAACCGAUCCUCUCCCCGUUACAUGACGUCCCUGGCUGUUUCAGGGAGUUCUUCGCUUUCGACAGGACGUUAAGUUACUCGGGGCACUUCAGGCCCUUGGUUGCCGUUCAAGUAACGGAGCUAUCUGACGGCGUUUUCAUCGGCUGUACCGUUAAUCACGCCGUUACUGACGGAACCUCCUUCUGGCAUUUCUUCAACACCUUCGCUGAGAUUUGCAAAGGCGAGACGAAGAAGAUUACGAAGCUGCCGAAUUUCGGCCGCGACACCGUGUUUAACUCGCCGGCGGUGCUCGAAUUCCCUCCCGGCGGCCCGAAAGUCACUUUCUCCGGCAACGAGCCUUUGCGCGAGCGAAUCUUUCACUUCACUAGAGAAUCGAUUCUGAAACUGAAACUCAGAGCUAACAGCAGCAGCAACGGUAAUAAUAACUAUAAUAAUCAGUUACAGAAAGUUACGCGCAGUAACGGUCACGACGAAUCCGCCGAGAUUCUCGGGAAGCAAUGCAACGACUUGGCUUGGAGAGCCGUUAAGAAUCGGGCGGCGGAGAUUUCGUCGUUCCAGUCCCUCUGCGCUCAGCUGUGGAGAUCGGUGACGCGUGCGAGGAAAUUAGAUACCAACAAAACGACGACGUUCCGUAUGGCGGUGAAUUGCCGCCACCGCCUCGAGCCGAAGAUGGAUCCUUACUACUUCGGCAACGCGAUUCAGAGCAUCCCGACCGUCGCGACGGUCGGAGACGUUGUCAAUCGAGAUCUACGGUGGUGCGGGGAUCUCCUACACAAAAACGUAGUGUCGCACGAUAACGAAACGGUGCGUCGCGGAGUCAAGGACUGGGAGAGAGAGCCGAGGCUUUUUCCGUUGGGGAAUUUCGACGGUGCAAUGAUAACGAUGGGAAGUUCGCCGAGAUUUCCGAUGUACGAUAACGAUUUCGGGUGGGGCAAACCUUUGGCGAUACGGAGCGGUGGAGCUAAUAAAUUCGACGGUAAGAUUUCGGCUUUUCCGGGAAGAGAAGGCAACGGAAGCGUGGAUCUGGAGGUGGUUUUGUCGCCGGAAACGCUGGCCGGACUUGAAUCCGAUUCGGAGUUCAUGCAAUAUGUAUCGGAACCGGUUUAAUUUUAGUUAUAAAAUAAAAGGGCAAAACUGUCAUAUCCCCACUUUUCUGUUUUUCACGGUUAAUUGUGGCGGGUAUGGGUGGAAUUUGGACCGUUAAAGACUGUGAUGUUACGGGUCGUUGGAUUUGAAUGCUCUGGAUAGGUGGACGGUUGUGAUUGUUUUUGUUUGUAUCCUCAAGUGGGAAAUGAAUAGUCAAAGCGGGGACGUUUUGGCUGUUUGUACUUUGUAACGAAAAAAGUUUGUUGGUGUGUAUUGGAUUGGUACUGUUUUGGCCAAUUUGGACUGAGAAAUAUCUUUUGAUCAAAA